AUCUUUGGGUUGGAACUAUUCCAAAUCCUUGCAUCUUUUGAAGAUUGACAUUCUAUAAAUAGGCGAAACCAAGGCGACUCCCACCCCAAGCCACACAGGUUGCUUGAGUGAGAGAGUUGAACCGUUGAAAGGCUUAAGGAUGAGCAAUAACACUGGUGAAGUUCUGGAGUCACAUCCCAUGAAAGGCGGUGACGGAGCUUACAGCUACGCUAAGAACUCAUACUUUCAGAGAGCGGCUACAAGCACUACAGAUGCAAAGAUCCAUGAAGCGAUAACGGAGAAGCUUGACAUAGUGAAACUCUCUUCUACUUCGAACACAUUGCGUAUUGCAGAUUUAGGAUGCUCAGUUGGACCAAACACCUUCAUUUCUAUGCAAAACGUGCUAGAAGCGAUGCAGCAUAAAUACCGAACUCAGGAUCCUCCUUCCAAAUUGCCAGAAUUCCAAGUGUUGUUCAAUGAUCAUGCUUCCAAUGAUUUCAACACCCUGUUUGCUUCCCUCCCAUCUGAAAGGCAGUAUUUUGCAGCUGGAGUGCCAGGAUCCUUUCAUAACCGGUUAUUUCCCAAGUCAUCCCUCCAUUUUGUUCAUUCCUCCUAUGCAUUACAGUGGCUGUCCAAGGUUCCAGAAGAGGUGCUAGACAAGAACUCCCCUGCAUGGAACAAGGGGAGGAUUCACUACACAAAUGCUGCAGAAGACGUAGGCAAUGCUUAUGCAGCCCAAUUUGCCGAGGACAUGGGGAUAUUUUUGGAUGCUAGAGCUAAGGAGCUUGUGGCUGGAGGGAUGAUGGUGCUCAUCUUGACAUCAAUCCCUGAUGGGGUACCUAAUUCUCGCGUUCCAGUAGGUGUGAUGUUUGACCUUCUGGGUUCAACCCUCAUGGACAUGGCAAAGGAGGAAAUAAUAAGUGAAUCCCAGGUGGAUUCAUUCAACUUGCCUAUUUAUUCUGCCUCUCUGAAGGAGAUGAAAGACAUGGUAGAAAGAAAUGGCUGUUUUAGAAUUGAAAAUAUAGAGACAACGAAUCCCGUAUCUAAGAUAGAUGCCCAGGUUGGUACACGACCUUGUACAAUGCACCUAAGAGCUGGCAUGGAGGGAAUCAUCAGCAAGCAUUUUGGGAACAAGAUUAUCGAUGAAUUAUUUGAUCGAUUCGACAGGAAAGCUGAAGAGUACUCCCACGUGUUGAAGGCAAGCUGCACUGCAGGAACCCAGUUACUUAUAGUUCUGACCCGCAAAUGAUAGGUUUCAAGAUGGUACUUCAGAAUCCUUUACCACUCUGCUUUGGUCAUUUAACUUGUUUCUCAGCACGAACUAUGUUGUAGUGUUCUAUAAAUUUAGCAUUGAAUAAGACCCAUAGUCCAAAGCAAGUCCUUAUUUGGGCUAACCUGAUGUAAAAAUUUCUAUUAUCGUAUGAUAUUUCCAGUUUGAGUAAA